GAAGUACCUUGGUACCGAUCUCCCCCUGUCUCUGUCUCUCUGUCUCUCUAUCUCUCUCUAUAAAUCGUCAUGAGGACCCUGUUUCUCAGAACUCUGGGAACUCCCGAAACCUGAGACCAGAGAGUUCGUUUCGUUCGUCCAGUAUCAUCUCAUGGCCUCUGAUGGCGGUGGUGCUCUGUCUCCUUCCCGCGUGACCAGGUAAUUAAGAGGGGAGAAGAAAAGAACACACAGAAGCUCUGACACACUCAUAAAUAGAUCCUAUGUGCUUGAACCCAAUGCCAUUUAUGAUGGCUGCUGAUCUACACCAAGCGCAGUUAGUGCUCCCACCCUCCUCAUCUAUGUUUGUCCCCGGGCCUCGCUCUCGAUCUUCCUCGGAGAACGACCGCAGCCCGCAGGAGAAUCGCUGCCGCUCCGGGUCGAGCAGCCCGUCCUUGUCGGGUUCGGGGCCGAGCACGCCGUCGGGGUCGGAAGUGGCGACGACGGAGAGCAGCUACGAGGACGACGAGUACAUGGCCGAGCUGACUCGCCAGAUGGCUCAUCGCAUGCUUCAAGAGGAUGACGACGACGACGUCAAGCACUCUGUUCUGAGCCAGGCAUGGGGUUUGGCUGGUUCGCCUCCGUCGACGCUGUGGUCGCCUUUUGCUGCGAACCAGAGCAGCAAAAAUUUGUCAUUUCCGGAGAGCGACCGUGCCUGGGACAUCUCGCACGAUCUCUCCGACCAGUUCGAGAAGAUGAUGAGCUUCGACGAGCAAGAGCCUCAAAAUCGCAACUUUCAUCAAAACUUUUACGAUCCUGCUCCUCUGGACCACUCAAUUUCGGUCCGUCGCUCAAGUCAAGCUCUUUCAAACGGUGGAAUCAUGGCCAACGAAUUUGAUCGGGUCCAACCGGAGCUGGUCGCGAAGCAAUCGAGGUCCAAGAACCGGAAAAAGCGAGGCGGCAACGGGGGGAUGGCCACGGCCACGGCCACGGCAAGCACCGCGCCGCCUCCUUCGGCGACGACCCAUCGGCAGGCCCAACGACAGGCGCUCCGGCGAGCGGGCUCGGGCAUGAGGGCGGUAUUCCUGGGUGGGUCCGGGCCCGGAAACGGGUCAAGCGGGACCGGCGUGUUCUUGCCUCGUGGAGCGGGCAACGACCCUUCUGAAUCACGCAAGAAACCGAGAUGUUCAACAGUUCUGAUACCGGCCAGAGUUGCUCAUGCCCUGAUGGUCCAUUACGACAAAAUGGGCGCCCAGUCGCGGCCGGGCGUCAGUUACUUUCAUCCGCAACAUGAUGCUGCUACAAGUGGAAGUAGUACUGGCUCGAAUCUCCAGCAGGAGCGCCAAUCCGAGGCGACACCAGCCCUGAACCAAAGCGAUGUAGACCUGCCUCAAGAGUGGAUUUAUUGAAGUUGGCCUUGGGCCUCGGCACAUGCACGGAUCGUCUUCUGGUCCCAAUCCGAUGGGAAAGUUCUUUUCAGCUAGAAACCAAUAGACAAUGGUUUAGAAUAGAAUACAGAAUAAAGGAGUGAAAUGAAAGACAAAAGGUCUCUUUCUUUUAGUCAAAUAGGGUGAACCAAUGGAUGAUGCAGGCAGAGCAGACGAAGAAGAAAGUGACAAUGUCGUGAAGGAUAGUCUGUGUGAAUGCAAUACAAUAGUGGUUGCUGUCAAAGUACAGUGGAGGAGGAAGUUAGGUAAUAAUUGAGUGAAGAGGCUCGAAAUGAGGCCUUUUGUCCGACUGCUUGGCUGGAUCGCCAACAAACCAGUGCCUAGAAUGGUGUUUUAUAUGGAGUGCCUUGAAUAAAUAAUUUAUGUGCUGGUGAUGGAUGUGGGUGCUGUUUGUUUGCUUUUGUUUCUCUCUUUCUCUCUGUUCAUCUGGGUGUGCGGCAGCAACCUUGAGUUGUGUCUUGUAAAUGUGGAUGUGCAGAGCACAAUGAAUUGAAACGGUU